UAUCUCCUGUCUACAGCAGCGACACUGUCAGUAUAAGAGGCGGUGACAGGCCAGGACACACUCACCUGUCCGGUGCUCACCUCAAGACGAUGGCGGCCAUGUUGUGUGUCUUGGCUUUGCUGUGGGGCCUCGUGUCCUCCAGUCCAGGCCAUGAAAACAAGGGGAGAGCACCAGUUCCUAUGGUUUUCUUCAUGGACCUCCAGGGUCACUACACCUUUACUCAGGGGGAGAAACUCUGGCUGCAAGGGUCGCCGACCUUCGUGUACACCGAGGGUCAGAACUACACCACGGAGGACGGGUCGCUGAGGCUGGUGCAGGUGGAGUAUGAUGGCGGACGGGAUAAAGUGGGCGAGUGGAUGACAGAAUGUUUCCUGUACUUGGCCGGAACUACAAGUUUCCAGACAUGCGCAAAGUCUUGGACAAAUCCUCCACUUCCGCUUGUUGUCUUCCAGCAGAGGUUUAUAAACGGUACCCAGAGAUCGUCCUAUGGGAAGGUGGAUGACGUCAUCUCCGGUUUUCCGUCUUUCCAAGUACCUCUCAACCAGACGGACAUGGGCUACCUGAGCUACCAGGGCGACAUGUUUGGAAGCAAUUUCAUGAUAGGCAGGUGGGAUGGUUACCACGUGCUUUUAUCAGGAGGUAUAGCGGGCGGACCACUGGCGCUCUUUGAUCAAGGCGGAAACGUCAUCAUUAUCUCCCCUUUCUCAGGUUUCAUGUCUGCAUCUCGAAGUAUGGAUGAAUAUUUCCGUGUCAGAUGGGGUGUCAUGGGCGGCGUGGAUGUCGUGCCCACAGGUUAUCAGUAUGAAACGAUUGUGUACUACGGGUACACAGGGAUCAAUCAGGUCUUCUCCGAGUGGGGGAGCUUCAUGCAAUUUUACUAUGACAAAGAGAGCAUCUACAGACAAGCUGACCUGACACUAAACUACAUCGGGUACUGGACGGACGGAGGCGCCUACUACUACUACGCCACGGAGCCCAACAAGACUUACGAGCAAACCAUCCUGGACAUCAAGAACUACGCCGACUCCGUCAGCCUCCCGUACAGGUACGUGCAGUAUGACAGUUGGUUCUACCCGAAAGGUCCCCAGGGUGGAGUGCUGACGUGGACACCAAUGCCAGACAUUGCACCUGACGGCUUCCAGUAUAUUUUCAACAAAACAGAGUGGCCGGUGGCAGCACACAACAGAUACUGGUCAUCUAAAACUCCCUACGCCAAGCAGAACGGGGGGAACUUCAACUUUAUUGUGGAGAAAGAAAAGGCCAUACCUCAGGAUCUGUCUUUUUGGAUGUACCUGUUUGAGCAAGCACGAACCUGGGGUCUUAUAGUCUACGAACAGGACUGGCUGAACCGAGAGUUCGCCGGCCUCAACGCCACGCUGACCUCAGUGGACGUGGCCAGGACGUGGCUGAUGCAGAUGGGGGAGGCAGCGCGUGCCGUGGACCUGACCAUCCAGUACUGCUUGUCCUACCCCAGACACGCCCUGCAGACCCUGGAGAUCCCUGUUGUCACACAGGCGCGAGUCAGUGGCGACUAUCGCGCCGGAAGUGACCAGUGGAUGAUUGGCGUGACCUCCAUCUUUGCAUACGCUAUGGGAAUCGCGCCGUUUAAAGACACUUUCUGGACGGCAGAGUAUCAGCCGGGCAACCGCUACAAUCUUUCUGAACCCAACGGAGAACUCCAGGCAGCGGUGGCCACCCUGAGUACCGGUCCCGUGGGGCCAAGCGACAUGAUAGGAUACACUCGGGUGGACACGCUUUUACAGUGUUGUCGUGCAGACGGAAAAAUCCUGCAGCCAGAUAAGCCAGCCACGGCCAUCGACAAGCAGAUCUGGCAGGCGGCGUGGCCCGGAAGUGGACCUGCAGGCCAGGUGUGGACCACCUACUCCACCAUCGGCGCCUCGGACACCUUUGGCAUCAUCCUAGCGGCGGCCAUGGAGGACAACUUUCCACUUUCACCUUCCGAUGCAGGCUUUGACUUCUUUAAUCCAGGUGUGGUGAUGACCCGCAAAUCCACGCCAGGUGCUCCAGUGCUGUCUGCCUUCUCCAGUGCCUCACCUGUCAGUAUUAGCACUCAGUGUGGACGACAACACUUCUGUCUGUACUACACCAGCCCGCGCUACAGCCUGGGGGGGUCUGUCGAGGUCGUCAUCUACGGCGAAGAGGGCAAGUUCGUGCCCAUGUCACGUGAGCGCGUGUUGGACAUCAACGUGCUGCCCGACACCAUGGAGCUGGUGCUGGAGGGCGCUGUGGGCGAGGUCGUGACCUUUGGCUAUUUUUGGAACAACGUCUACUGCAAAGUGGUCGUCGUCAUCGGACCGGACGGAAAAGCUGUCGCAAGUCUGACGCGGGAUGGCUGUGCGGCACACUAGAACUUUGAUUCUGUUUACUAACAAAUACAAAUUCAAAACAUCUUUAUUAAUCUCUUUCAGGAAAUUAUUUGUCUGUCAAUGUUGCUGUUGCAUAAUACAUCGGGCGUUACAUAAUACCUGAAGUAUGAAAAUAUUUGUUUAAAUAUAGGCAUACAUGGGGGGAAAAACAAGAAAGAUCGGGCUCUCCGGGGAUGGGUUCCAGAUGCAUUAGGACCUUCACUCAAAGACAUGUCAAGAUCAACGACACUCUAUUCGACUCGCUAAACUAAACCCAAGG